AUGCCUAUUUAUGGAUCAGAUUAUGAAAAUGAUUUUAAUAAUCUAUCUGGCCAUUCAACAUGUGUUGAAGCAUCAACAUCUUAUGAACAUUCUUCAUAUAAUAAAUUUUUACAACCUUCUUUUACAUCUAAAGAAAGUAAACUUAAAAACAUACUUACAAAUGAAGAAUUAGAUAUUUAUAAGAAUGAAGUUGAAGCAAGCACCAUUAGAAAAAGAUUGUUAAAUGAGCAAACUAUUCAAGAUAUGAAUGAGAGGAGAGAAGCUGAUCUUCAAAAUAUUAUAUAUAGAAGAC